AUGUUAAAGGAUCAAGGCAACAAAAACAAGGAAAACCCCACUGGGAAGGAGAAGAAAGUGUCAAAGACAUUAAAAAACAAAUUGCAGGCUCGAUACAAUGUGGACGUCAAAAAUAAAUUUAGUGCUUUGAACGGCUUAACGGAGGCAAAGGAAAAAAAUUUGUUCAACAACGAAAAGGGGAAAAAUAAAAAAGAGUUGAAGGGGAAGGAAAAGUGUGAAACUGAGUGUGAUGAAGCUCUUGAAGAGCCUUCAACUGGAAAAUCGAACAGAAAAUCGAGCAGGAAUUCGAGAAAAUUACUGAAUGAAAGUAUCAAGGACGUAAAUGUGACAUUUGACAAUAAGCCUAAAUUUAAUUGUUGCAAUCGUCAUCAUAUGAGUGUUUUGGUGACUGCAUUUUUGGCUUGUUCUGGACUUAGAAAUUACGCAAACUUGCAAACUUCGUUUAUUUGCGAUAUUAGUAAGUUCAAAACGAGCAGGUUCGCCCGGGAGAUGUUCUCUUCAGCCUACUUAUAG